AUGCUGGAUCUGGUGCGCCCCGCCUCCAACACCACUGUGACUUCUUCUGGGCUGGGCGAGGCCGAGUCCGCGUUGGCCAGAACAACUUACAGCGCUGGGAGCAGCGAGUGCGAGAAGGGUGGGCAGUGGCAGCGGGCUUCGGUGCUGCUCAGCGCAACGAGUGGGGCGAGGCUGGAGCCCAACGUUAACGCUGGGAUGAGCGCGUGCGGGAAGUGCGAGCACUGGCUGCUGGCUGCGGCGCUGCUGUUAGAGAUGUGGGACGCGAAGUUGGAGCCCGACUUCCUCAGCUACAACGUUGGCGUUCGCGCAGGCGCAGAGGGCGAGCAGUGGCAGCGGGCUUUGGCGCUGCCGACUGACACGUGGAAGGCGAAGCUGGAACCAGACGGUAUCAGUAUCCCAGUCAACCCGCAUACGGUGAUGUCUCUCGUUCCAGAGCCCCCCCGACCAUGGCAGCGCUGCGCAGGGCCGCGCUGA